AUGAAGAUAUACUACAUAGGCAUUUUGAAAGUGGGCGACUCCGUUGUUGAGUUGUCUUCCGCUAGAGACCUCUCGCAGUUUUCUUUUUUUGAGAGGUCUUCCGUGUCCCAGUUCAUGACCUUCUUUUCUGAAACGGUGUCCCAAAGAACUCCUGCGGGUCAGAGACAAAGUAUCGAGGAGGGAAACUACAUUGGCCACACGUACACUCGUUCCGAAGGAUUGUCUUGUGUCAUCAUCAGUGACAAAGAGUACCCAGUUAGACCAGCGUACACUUUGAUCAACAAGAUAUUGGAGGAGUACUUGUCGUUACACCCAUCCAGUGAAUGGGGCCUGGUGACGGCUACCAACCCAUCCUUGACCUUUGAUAAGUUGGAAACAUACUUGAAGAAGUACCAGGACCCAAGUCAAGCGGACUCGAUCAUGAAGGUGCAGCAGGAGUUGGACGAAACCAAGAUUGUGUUGCACAAGACCAUCGAAAGUGUCUUGCAAAGAGGCGAGAAGCUAGAUUCGUUGGUGGACAAGUCGGAGGCGUUGUCUUCUUCGUCUAGAAUGUUCUACAAGCAGGCCAAGAAGACAAACUCUUGCUGCGUGAUUGUUUGA